GUCUCACCGUUGAUCUCCAAACAAAGAGCUGACAGUGGAUUUGGGAGUGCUCAUUUCCCUCCGCUGGGACUGGCAAAGCCUUUGCUGCUUUUGUGCAUGGCAAGUAAAUUGCUGCCCCUUGGGGAGCUGCUGUUGGCUGGUUUAAGCUCAGAGUUCGUGCCUUAUCCCUGCAAAGGCUCACUCUUAAGCCAUCCUCCCCGUGCCUUCACUCUGGGUACAGUUAUCUGCAGUAGAUGCAUGUCUCUAGUUUGAAAAUGAAACGAGCUUGACUCCCUGUUUCUCUUCCCUUACAAUAUUCAGUAGCAGCUUUGGUUUGGGGCUGAGCACGUCUCCAUUCCUCCUCCCGUCCUCACGCAGCAAGCAGCAGCUGUCCUCAGCUGCGCCAACCUUAAAGUUGAUAACUCCCCUGAUACACUUUCCUCCAUCACUCCUGAGAUUAUGUGCAUUAAUUAGAGCAUCCCUAAUGCUAAUAAGCAGUGGGGAAUAAGGGCUUGCUUAGUACGUAAAUGUGGAAAGUCGUUCCAAGUCGUUGGAACAUUGGUGUAAACGUACAUUUAUUUUUAUCUUUGCAGUAGGAACAGAAUGACUGAGGUUUUGAGGUGCAGUUGCAUGCAGUUGGAUGGGUGCUGGCUAAGUGAGGUAGAGCUGAAGUCAGGGACCUUAUUUCUGCUCCCAUUCAUGCUGCUGCUGCUCUGGGUGACGGUGCAAAGCUGGCGGUACAGCCUUCCUUGAGGUAGGCUGAUGCAAGCAAGAUAAUUCCCAUGUUCAAAGCCUGUUUUCUGUGAUAAUGAGAUAAGUUUGCAUGGGGAAUUAUGCAAAGCAUAUGGAAAGCAAACAACUUUGCUGUUCGUGUCUGCUCUUCUUUUGAAGCUGCCACUCACAGCAGCGCACCCCAGGCUGCCUCUUGGUUUAAGGAAGGUUUCCAGCAAGCACCACACACGUGCCAUAGGUGGUCCAGGAGGACAUAGUACAGUGGGGAAGUAAUUCAUAGGAACACUGGCUGUUUUCUGGCUUUGACAGACCCCUAGCAAACUUUGUGCAAUGACAGAGGUUACCACCCCUCCAGCACAGUCAUUGGAGGGGACAAAAGCUCCCUCCAAUGCAGUUGCUGCGUGACAAUCAAGCUCAGGUACUGGGAAAAUGUUCUCUUUUGCCUCUCAGACUUUGGCUUGUUGUUCCAAAGCGUGAGUAUUGAAUUUCUUCCAGAACUGCUACAUUUUGAAGUUGUUUUACGUCAUUCCUGGUCUAACCUGUUCUUCCUGAUGCGUAUAGAUGCUGGGCAGCUUUGAGUGCUGUCCAAGCACUUGGCAUCCUUGGCAGUUCUUUAGGCACUGAAUUCAGCAGGUCGCUUAUUCUGCUGGUUUAGUGGGGAGGAGGGUCUGCAGUCUCACUCCUGCUCAGCACUUGACCAAAGAAAUAGGAGAAAAAGGUGCUGUGCAACCAAGAGCAAUUUCACCCCCAAGGGAUGGAGCCUGGGAGAAGCAAGUUCUGCAGCCUCCUGCCAAGGGGAAAAAGUAGUGAUGCAACUUCUUGCAGGUCUUGCUGAACUGCUCCUCAAAAUAAACAGGCUCCUGACGCCGGUGAGGGCUGGAGCAACAGGUCCCAGGGGCAGCUGCCUGUCUGCACCUUGUGCUGUUUGUUCUUGAAGGUGAAAGCUGCAGCUCUGCGCCUCUUCCCACCUCCCUCUGCCCAGCUCAGGUGAGCCUGGUGGUGGCAGGACAGCCCUUGGAGAAGAACAACGCUGGAGCCAGCUUUCCUGGUGUGCUUGGAGAGCAGUGAUUCGCUCCCUACCUGCUGCCUGUCCCUUUGCUGCAACGUGCUGAGCCAGGAACCCGGGGGUCUCUGCCUCUGAACUCUACUUCAUCUCUUUGCCUUGCCCAGCUCAGUGAGCUCUGUCCUGACUGAGCUUCAUCCACCUCCCAGUUCUGAGAUAGGUCAGUAAUCCAGGUGCUGCUCUGGAGCAAUUUUCCCCACUCCACUUCCAGCAACAUCAAAGCCCAGACGAGCUUUUUCGGGAGCGCAGACUCCCCUUGCUGAGGAGGGCAGCUGGCACAUGCUGUCUCUGCAGCAGAGCCCCCAGGCAUCUCACAGAAGACACUUCCCCCCGCCACGCAUCUUUUGCAAGCAUCAAUUUCCUCUGCUCUCUCCCCAACGCAACUCUACCAGGGAUUUCUCUACAAAAAGAAGAUGCCACUGACGCUCCUGACCUCUGAACUCAGCUGCCUCCCAGGAGGCAGAGGGCUGGGGCUGAGCCCAGAGAGGAGGGUUUGCAGCUGCCCUUGUGCCUGGAGGGGGGAGACAUAUGGGGGUGACAGUCAAUGAGACAAGGAGAAAGGAGAGGAAACGUGUGUUUUCUUAGCGCCCGGCGUCCCAGCUCAUGGGAACUUUAUGGCUCCAGAAUAUUAAGAGGCAGGAAAGUUAAUUAAUACCCAGAACAAAGCCAGGGCUGUUUGGCUUCUGAGAGAAGGAAGCGGUGGAGACAGGGAGAAAAAAAAAAAAUUGGUGUCGUCUUAAAUAAUUUUUCUAUGUUUUAUCAGCAGCUAAAAUAGACUGUGUCCCAGACGGUGCUUGCAGUUGUUUUCCAGUACUCCCACUGCCAUGAUCAUCAACAACUUUGUGUCGUACCCAUGAGCAGCAGCGAGUCCAGAUGAAGGAGUGAAGGCUCAGCUCAGGGUAACAGCCACAGCAAAGCAGAGGUCGUUGGCUGGCACCCAGCGGGCACCUGGGUCCAACAUGAGUUUUAAAAUCGGGAUCUGAAUACUACAAAUAGCAGCAUAGGAAUUGCCAGGCUGGAUCGUACCCAGGGUCCAUCUCUGCUGCUGCCCUUGUCUCCGACAGGCCGGCACCUGCUGCUGCUGGGAAAGGUAUGGGAAGACCCUGGAGGCAGUUGGGAAGGAGGUGUUGGGAAACCUCCCGUUUAGUAGCUCCAACUCGCUCCUUCUCAGCUCACCCCAUGCACCUGGGGUCUUGUCCUUUCAUCUCGGUGCCUUGCCCAUCCUCUUUCCGCACAACCACCCCAUGAGCAGUGCAGGGUGCCGCAGGGAUGGAGGAUGCUACUUAGGACCUCCAGCACGCUGCUGCCCAGGUGAUCCCUCCCCAGCGCCAACACGGCUCCAGCAGAGAGGUUUCUGGGGCUAAUCAAGAUCGACACGCAAACAAAACAGCAUCUCUGCAUCUCGCAGCCAGCAGAAAGGGAGAAGCAGAUGGGCGAGAGGAGGCAGGGAGCUGCUGCUAAAUGGAUUGAUGGAGAGGCCUUUAAGAGAGAUGGAUUGGAGAGGGAGCCGCUGGAGGAAAGGGCCGGGGCGGCCACGCUGCGAAUGGGGCAGGGGCCCAGGGAGAUGAUGGGAAGGGAGAAAGGCCUGCAGAUAACAGAUGGAUGGACACAAAGACUGGAAGGGAAGAGAGGGACAGAUGGACAGGCAAUAGAGAGAGUCAGGAGAAGAGAGGGAUCUGAACGUAAUUAGAUUGGAUCCGAUUAUGACAGACUCGAUUAGAGCAAUAUUAUGAUCAGGAGCUUCUGUCGCUAUUUGGCUUUUAGGGGGAACAAAGCCAGAGAGCACGUGUGGAAGGGGGACAAGCGGAGGCGAAGGGAACAGGGAAGGAUGAAAGGAAAGGGGCUCCUUGUGAAAGCUGUCAGUGGUGGUGGUGACAGAUUGUCUGGUUAUCGAGCACCGGGGCCGUCUGUCACCGGCCGCUCACAAAACCUGCGCUCAAUAAAAGGCAGGGAGACAAAGGAGGAGAGGAGAGGAUCUGCCACAAGUCAGGCUUGGGGCGUUCUGUGUGGCUCCGUGGCUGCUGGUACAUGGGCACAAGCACGGGGAAACGCGGGCGUGCACACAUGCUGGGGUGCUGGGCCACGCUCUGCCACGUCCCCAUGUGUCCUGUAGCCCAGCUUUGCUUGUGCACACGCUAGUGUGUGCAGCUUGCAUGGCCAGCCUGCUCUAACACGUGCUCCAAUGCUUUCCCAAAGAGGCUUCGAGCCCUGGGCUGGUGCUCCAAGGGCUGGAGCAGCACCCGGCCGAGCUCCAGCUGUGCACUGUGUUGUGGUUGGCAAGGCCUUGCACCAUCCAUGCACAGCACCGUGCCCUCUGCAGCCUGCUCAGCUGCAGCAGUUGGUUGCAAACCAGCGGCUGCAAACCAGGCGUGAUGGAGAUGGCAGCUGCCCGCUUUGCAAUCUGCACUUGUGCAGUCCUGGAAAAGAACAGCGGCACCAAACCAUCCCCCUGGAUGCUGGAGGAGCUCUGCUGCAGGGAAAGGCCCAAAGCUGCUGGAAGAGGCUUUGCUGUGAGCGAGCAGUGGGGUUGUUGCAGGAGCAAAGGCAGCUCUGCACCUCUGGUUCCGUAGAGGGCCCUCAAUGGAGAGGUAGAUGCGUUCACACCUCAUGUGUGGAGAUGGGGUCCGUGGGACAGAAGUGCCAGUGCCCCAGCAGCAUCCCUUAGGAGUGGCAGUGUGUGGCAGGGACCCCCUCGAAGCUCCCCCACCCAUCCUUGGGGUGUGCAGCCCCUCGCUGUGUAAACGUUACCCAACUCCAGCUGGGUCUGCCCCAGCAGCCCAAGGGUUAACGCUGCCUGUUUUCCCUGACAAGCAGAGGCCAGUUCAGUCCCGGGUGGCUUUGUACAAUAUGUCACCUCCUCUCCUGCCAAACGCUUGCCUCUCGGAGCCUCCUUCCAUACCAUGCACGGGGCUGGGAGCGGCUCAGCCCUUGGGGUGGGCGCAGGGAUGGACCCCCCUCAGCCGCAGCCGUGCAGGGAGGGAGGGAGUGCCGCAGUUGACUGCGCUUCCACUGCCCUUCACCGCUCCUCGAGUGCUGUGCUGAACAGCAGGCCCAGGAAUCCUGAGGGUUCCUGCAGGCUGAGGAGUGCAGGCACGGCUGCGGAGAAGCCCAGGUGGUCGUGACGAGGAAUACCAAUUCCUGCCAGGAGGGAAUUGGGAAAUUCAGAGGUGAAGGACAAAGCCAAAGGGUCUCUUGUUUUCCCUCCCCCAAAUCCCAGCAGUUCUUGGCUGGCUGUAGGAUAGCCAAAGCCCAGAAGUUCUUGCAAAGGAAGCAGCGGCCAAACUCACAGGGACCAUGGCUGCUCAUGUGGGCUCUGAGCAAGGGGAGGUCAGGGCUGAGGGGAAACGUGGGGCUGGGUUACAGGAGGAAAGCCCUGAGCUUCUCAUGGUGCUGUCAGCAGCCUCCUGCAAGACCUGGGCCUGUGGCUUCGUCUGAAGGGUGUCCCCAGGUGCAAACCUCACUCUUGGCAAUGGAUGCUGAGAAGUGAAGGGGCUUCUGUAACCUCAGCUUGGCACCUGCUCGGGGAGGAAGGCUGGGAGGGCAGAGUUAAGGUGAUGGGAGCUGAGCAGGGGGGCUGUCUCCGGCUGACGUCCCCUACCCACGUCCUGUGCGCUGCUCCUGGAAGCGCAAUGGGGAGGGAGCAGGGAUCUGCGUCAGCCUCAGGAGUGGGAACCCACUGCAGGGAGCAGGAACCCAGCAGAGCAGUCCUGGUGUCCCUGCAGGGAGCAGCUCCGCUCCAUCCCUGCCCGCUCCCGGCAGGGUGCCCGCAGCAGCCCGGCAUCAGCUGCAGAGAGAGGGGGGGGGGGGGCCCUGCUGGCGUCCUGGCAGGGACACGGAGCAGAGGAGGCAGCAAGGAGCGAAUGCAAACAGCCCAGCAGGCUCUCGGGGGAGACGGGGCCAGGCUGUGAGUGGGGUGGAGGAGGGGAUGUGGGGCUGGGGACCCUGUGGACGUACGUGCGCUGCUCGCCCGCAUGCGAGGAGCGACGUGUGCGGGGCGAUGUGCGCGCGUCGCAUCCCGGGCGCCGCGCGUUGUUCUUGGGGAGGAUGCGACGAUUGCCAUGAGCUCAUUAGGCGAAUAUUGUUUGCUAAUCGGUGCCAUAGCAAUGGUGAGGCAGUUCUUCUCACCACCACCUGAUCCCUCCGCCUCGGCCGCCGCUCGCUCUGCAAACCCCGAGCCCAUCUGCUGAGCCGUGCCUCGGGCUGGAGCCGGCCCAGGUGCCCAUGCCCAUCACCUGGGCUUCAUCGUGCUGGGAGGAAGCCGCCCCAGGGGCCAGGAGUGGGGCAGGAAGCCAGCACCGGGGGGUUGGGGGGGGGGAGGGGGGUGCAGAGGGGAUGGAGGGAAGGAUGCUGUAGCAGGAGGGCACACGCAGACGGAGCUUAAUGGAAGAAUUGGGAAUCGGAGAAGGGGGUGAGAGACGCAGAGGAAGUCUAACCCACAAAAGAGAUCGUUGUCUCGUGCUCGGCUCUGACACCUGACGGCCCCCGGCCCGGCUCAGCUGCACGGGAGCUGCCGAUGUUUGUGUUUUUGUUGUAUUUUUAUGCGUCCUGCCCUUCUCUCGGUUUACUGUCAUCACCCCUCCAGCGAGGAAAAGAGAAACGCUCCGAAAUCGUGCAGAGACGCCGUGUGAUGAGGAGGAGGAGGAGGAGAGCCAGCGGGGCUGCGCUGUGAGCCAAAGGCCCCGUCCCAGCGAAAUCACUUCGCCCCGCUCCAUCCUCAGCCCAACGUCUGUCCGUCCUUCCAUCCGCGCCCACCAUGCUCAACUCGGAGCAGACGGAGCUCGACCUCCCGCCCGCGCACUCCGAGCCCGAAUCCGUCUUCAGCGACUGCGGCCGCGUGGGCAGCGCCGAGGAAUCCGGCGUCUCCCUGUGCCCGCAGCCCCGCGGGGCUGAGCAGGCGGAGGCGGUGAAGAAGGACCUGCAGCACCUGAGCCGGGAGGAGCGGAGGCGACGGCGACGCGCCACGGCCAAGUACCGCACAGCCCACGCCACGCGGGAGCGCAUCCGCGUGGAGGCCUUCAACAUGGCCUUCGCGGAGCUGCGCAAGCUCCUGCCCACGCUGCCGCCCGACAAGAAGCUCUCCAAGAUCGAGAUCCUCCGCCUGGCCAUCUGCUACAUCUCCUACCUGAACCACGUGCUGGAUGUUUGAGCCGGCCAGCUUGCGGCUGUCUGUCUGUCUGUCCGUCCCGUCCGUCCGUCUCCAACCCAAACACGUGCUGGGCCGAGGGCUCGAGUCCGUCUGUCCAGCUGUGACCCAACCACGCUGCGCCUGUAUCUGUCUGACUGCUUGGAUGGACCAAAUCCCAUCUGCCUGCUCUGCCCCCAUCCAAACUGCAUCUCCCCACCACCAAGCCCACGUCCGUCCAUCUGUCCAUCCUGCCUGAGCCAGGUGGGCUGUUCAGCCCAUCAGCCGUCUGUCUAUCCUGCUGGACCUGCUGCCUGAAGCCCAUCUGUUCCCAACGUCUGUCUGUCCUUCUGCUUCAUGUCCCGCUCAUAGCGCCAACAGGAUCCUGAGCCCACAUCCGUCCAUCUGUCCACGCGGACACGACCGGGUCCACCUUUGCCCAUGUCACCUCAUUUCUACGAGCCACAAACUGUGCCCAUGAGGCACCAAGCAGCUCAGAGCCCCGUCCAUCUGCCCCUGUGGCCACGGGGCACCACCUGGGGACCACCCCACCACCCCAGCGCUCUGCCCUGUGCACGGAGAAGCCCCUCCAGCUCCAUCCUGGUGCGGCGUGGAGUGCUCAGCGUGCUGCAGACACAGGGCAGGAUCCAGCCACGCUGCAUCCAUGGACAGCUGCACUGUGCCCGAGGCCACACUGGCCUAUGCCUGGCUGGUGCUGCUGUCACCUGGGGCCUGACCGAGCCCCUUUGCUGCACGCCCACCACCCCAACACCUCCCAGUGUGGGAGCACCUCACCCCAGAGCUGUGCGUCCCCGCCUGCACUGCCCUCAGCUCUGAGCAGAGCAAGUGUGGAGCCCCCGGCCCUUUACACACACUCUUUGCACCAAUAUCCCUGACAGCCCCGGAGCAAUCUUCACACCCCAUCUCUUCCUCUGCUUCCCACGUUAUUUUCUAAGAGUUAAUUUUGCACUGGCGGUGGCAGGAGCACGAGCAGAGCCCCACGGGGACCAGGACAGAGCAGAAAGCGCCCACUGUGCCCAAAGGCAGCGUGCUGCCCGCUGCAGGGUGGGACGUGGCCCAGCUCCAUCCCUGUCCUGGCACUGCCCACAGCUCCAAAUCCCAUCUCCCUGCAGCCCCAGCGCUGCCCCCCAAUCCCAUGGGCCGUGCUCGGGGACGUGGCAUCCCUAAGGGACACGCACCCAUCCCUUUCCACUCAGCCCACGGCCCUGCGCCGCGAGGAUAUUUAUUGAAUUAAUUUAUUGAUAAAUGUUAUUAUUUA